AUGCUCUACCAACUGAGAGGCCCCGCACGGCAGUACCAGGGCUUCUCCUAUCCGCUCCCCACCGGAGUCCUUGAGAACAGCGGCCCACCGCUGUUGAAAGCUUCAUUGAACCUCUACGCUCCAGUGGAGGACUACGGCAAACUCUUGUUGCUCUCACUUGACGCCGUACGUCACGCGCGGACGGCGUUGGGGGCUGCGGGGGCGCACUUUGAUUUUGGCGUGGAGUGGCUCAAUGGGGAGCAGGAGCCGUACCAACGGGUACAACUGACCCGACGUGUUAUGGGGAUCGGCUAUGUCCCGGCGGCGGCGUCGUUUCGGUACAACUGCGAGCAUGAUUUGGACUGCUUUGGCGUAACCAACUGUGGCACCCGGAGUGCGUGUGUGCUGGCGAACGCCCUCUCACGCAUGAUUCAGCACCUCUUCAUCAAGCACAUUAUUCAGAAGGGCGUCGAUGUGAUGCGGGGUCCUGACUUGUGCAACCCCGGCCAAGAGCAGAGCGCACGGAGACGAAGUUCCGGAAGGUCAUCAAGAAGCAGGAGUAUGCGAGCUACUUCAGGAGGCACGAUGUACACAAGUGAUGCUAACGAUGGGGUAGGGGGAGAGGAGAAGUGA